UGGACGUUUUGCACCGAUGAACCAUUUGACCUCUGAUUGACGAUGUGCGGAGUUGUUUGAGUUGGGACCCGGUCCUACGAGGUUCAGUAGUUUUAGUCAGUAGUCUUUCGAGACAAUAGCUUGAUACUUUGCCAGCCAUGCUGAUGUUCAAUCACUGCUGGGCAGUCCCGCUGGAUUUUUCGAAGUAAACUGGCUUCGGCGAUCACCCAAUUCUACCUCUAAUUCUCACUUACAUGUUUCAUAUACCCAAUAGCAAACAAAGAAUAUCCCGAAAGCCCUGUGCCGCUAGUAACUGGAGGAUGGCUACGUUGAUUAGUAAAGCGGAGAAUUUCCUGCAAGCAGGCAUGCUAUGCAUAGGAAUCUGUACUGUCCUGACCUCGUGUACAACGAAUACUACUAUUUCUACUUCACCCCUAUUGGAGAGAAUGCACGUUCCCCAGCACAAGCCACUGCCAGAGCUGCAGAAUCGCCAGAAGACGUCAGCAGGCAGCAGACCUGAUCAGCUAGCCAGUGCUGAUUGCCCUUGCAACUGGCAUGAUGGACUCGCAAGCAAACUGUCCAGCAGCUUUCCCACCGUAUGUGCACCUGCGUGUGGACAACUUCUGCCAACGCAGUCUUCCGGCUCCCCCUCCCUCGUUCCCAGCACAAUCCAGCGUCUCCUCCGUGAUAGCAGCGGCCGUGGGCUCACGAACAAUACCGUUCCACCUCCGUGUAGAGAUUCCCACCACCGUCCCCAGCAGAACAACAAAUCAGAACCUGAGCAUAGGUACAGUGUCGCCGAGCGCUUUCUUCCCGGUAGCCCAGAGACACAGCUGGAACCGAACCAACGGACAAGCUCCAUGAAGCCAGCGUCCAGCGGUGAUCUCUGCUCCCCGUUCCACCCAACCUUGCCCAACACGGGAUCUACCGCUAAUGAUGUAGCUUCCAACAAGAUGCGUAUUGGCGCUUCUCAUGUAAACAAUUCUGAAGUACAGCGGAUUUCUGAUGUUGUGACAUACCCUCGCCAAGAUUCAACUGCACUGGCUGACGAAAGGAAGAGUAUGAAUGUGUCCGCAUCGAACAGGAUUGUUCAGGCGUGUGCCAUGGUGCAACGGCAUGAGAUGACUUUCAUCGACUUGCCUGUUGCUGCAAUGUGGUCGCCGCCGUAUGGGAUUAAACUAAGCUUGAAGGUAUCGCCUCGCACAACAGCUCACACGGUUCAGCGGUUUCAUGUUGGCGGCUGGCAGGUGGCCGUGCUAUUCGGCACCUUCAUGCUCCUGGUCAUGCUGGGUAUGUGCGCCUGCCGGCGACGAAAUGAUCACCCCGCCGCCGUUAGAACGGGUGAAGAGGACAGCGACACGGCCAAGGUGUGUUACUCAUCAGACGGCCACAAGAGCUACUUCCAGUCAAUCGACUCAGAACUGUCCAGCGACUGCCACAUGGGCAGACGGCCGUCGCAGUUCGAGUUGUCAAUGCAGCCGGUGCGUGUGUCCACUCAAGACGGCGACGCUCGGCGAAGAUCGGCAGACCCUGAGCAGCACAUCACCGGCAACUCCCCCGGUGGUCAAGCACCGCAGCCGCCACCGUCAGCGAUGCCCUGCCUGGUGAAGAGGGAGCUGGACAUGCGGGACUCGGCUCCCGUCAUGUGCUCCACCACGUCGCCACGACAGCGGAAUCCGCUCCGCAAGUAUCCCAGCUUUCCGUUCGACGGCAGCACGCACCGGUUCUGGGCGGACGCGCGAGCCGGCGGACCCUCGUCGGACGACACGGUCGAUCUGGACGAGGACAACGUUCUGCUGGCCAUGCAGGAGCGGCGCAGGGAGAGCUCCAUCGCCCGACACCAUCUCAUCAGCUCCGGCUCCAGCUCGAUCGAGGACAGCGGUGUGAGCUCGGAUGCCACCUCGCCCACGCCCUCCGGCUGGAUGCAUCACCACCGCGGUGGUCGCGACAAGCAGGCGGCGUACGCGCGCCAUGCCGACCACUGGCCUGAGCCACUGCUGGAAGAUGUGACCAGCGCCGAUGGUAGCCUACGUGGCUUCAGAGCUGGCGCUGGCCCCAAGCAGCAGCAGCAGCAAAGAGGCGAGCAUCAACAGCACUACAGUGUGCUUCAACGCUACCAGCAGCCAAAGCGGCAGCAUCAACGGCACCGAGAUCUGGAGAACCAUGCAUCGCACAACAGCAGCUUUGGAAGCGGUGGCCCUGCCGACAUAUCGAGUGAUGACUACGGGUACGGAGCACGGCGACGGGCAAACACAGACGCCGGUUCGUUGACUUCCGCCACUGGCGCACACCGCAGACCCCACGCAAGCAGGUUUGCCGCUUCCAGACAGCAAGGCCAAAUCGGCGGCGGCGGCAAAGCCGGCAUGGAGGAGGUUUCCAAUGGUGCUGCGGGUAGCAUGGCAACCGCGUCGAAGUAUGGCGGCCAGAAAGAAUCACGCACUACCAGCAUAAGCAACAGCAUCAAGCACCGAUUCUCCCGCAAAAAGGUUUCGCCAAAGAGCGCUCAGCAGCAGCAGCAGCAGGCAAAGCGAGACGCGACCCACAAUCGCAGCGACGCCAGCACUCAGUUCACAGAGUUUGAUCUUCUGGCACGGCGCAGCCCGGGUGAAGAACUGGACGAUGGCAGGUUACCGCCCGCUCCUCCGAACACGUUGACCAUCAACCCCAGCGGUAGCAACUGGGAGAACGUGAGUACCUCCAGUGGACGCCUACUCAAGACAGAGUCACCGAGCGGAGCAAGCGACAGCAGCCGAUGUACCAUCGACACGGACAUGUUCAGAGCCUCUUUCAGCGCGGUCAGUGACACGGGUGACGACGACGCCAACGAAGACGACUGCUUCCCGUCGCAAGAAGACCUGCGCGUCAGCAUGCCGUGCGCCGCUCGCAGGGUGUUGCCACGGCAACGGUGCGCCACCUCGCCGCAGCUCAACCUGUCCAUAUUCACGCGCCGCGGCUCCCAGGAGCGGCCGGACGUCCUGUCCCUGGGUCGGAUCAGUCGCCACGCUCGCAGCUGCGCCGCAUCGGCGCAGGCCACCAGCGAGGAGAGCGACGCGAUGACGUCCGUCGAGGAGAGCGGACUCUCGUCGCCCGGAGAGAUGUGCACAGCACUGGGCGGGGGAGAGCGUCGGGGUGUUGCCAUGGCGGCAACGUCAAUCGGACCAAUGAGCAUGCUGCAGGAGAUGACGGCAGCGACUGCGGUAUACAAAGGACGCGAGCGCAGUCACACACACAGCGCUGGCAGCAGCGUGGGCAGCCCGCGCUAUGACUCCGUGCGGCGGCCUAGCUCCAACGAGAGCAACGCUGUCGAGAUGGAGAGCCUGACGACGAGCAUGACCUCGUCCACGUACCAGCGCAUCGCGGCAUCCGACUGGGAACGACACACGUCCGUUCCCAGCCACGACUCGGUCAGCUGCCUGGGCAUGUCGGAGCAGGACGACGGUGUGGGAAGCGCGGCCACGCAUCAUGCAUCGCAGGGUGGCAGCACGGACACUGAGGACGAGCUACGCAAGCAUCACCACUUCCACCACCAGCAGCAGCAGCACUACCAGCAUCGCAUGCGACACUGCAGCACUGUGGAGGUCUCACUUGACUCUCUAGAGCCCGUUCCCAGCACUCUGUCGCAGUCACCGACGUCCACCCUGGAACGAUCCCGGUGGAGAUGUGCAGCGGAGCAGGCCAUACACCGGAGUGCCGAGUCAUCAAUGUCCUACGGCAGUGACACUGUGAUAUUCCCACAUCCCAACAUUUACAUGUCCAUCAAGAAGUUGGCAGCGGCUCGUACGUACAUGCUCGGCGGCGGCAGCCAUAGAGCACCCGUAGCCAUGACACCGCCAGCCUGCCUGGAGGAGGUGUCGCCACUGGCGUCUUCCCUGCAGGAUCUGACCAUGAAAGAGCGACCUCCGUCCGUUACCAGCGCAGCGUACAUCUCCCUCGACUUCACCGACUCGUUGGACUCGGCCAAGAGCGGUGUCAUGCUGCCGGAAAUCCAGUACUCGGACCUGUGCCAUCAACGGCCACCGCCCGGGCAAGCCAGCGGGAGCGCAUCACCAGCACGAGGCUCGCCGCUGUCCAGCCUUUCGUAUCGUUCCCGUGCGCAGUCGAUGGACAGCCAGUUUGCGCGAAGUUCCCGCGGCUUGCCACAGGCCCCGGUUCACACAAAUUUCAAAGAGCAGCAGCUUGCCGAAAACUCGACUUACCUGCCCAGAACAUUCGCAUCUAGGACAUCAUUCGAAAGUCCUCUACACACUCGCAAAUUCCCUAGCGGCAUCAGCCACAGCAGCAACAUUAGCUUACAGAACAGGACCAACAGUAACAACAGCAUCAGCAACAAGAACCCCAAUCCGAACAACAACCCCACUGCUAGCCACAGCAAUGCGACCGCGGGGAAACAGUCGCACAAGACUGCACGCCGCUCUAACACGUCGUUUCCGGAGUGCGACUUCCACUUGAAACCUGACUUGGCACAGAAGACGGCGACCUCAUCGACCACACCCAUCCCUAUCAUGAACUGCUCCCGACGUCGCUCGGUGGAGUUUGUCCUCGAUGACGUGCCACACGCCAGCAGCAACGAUGCACUGACCAGGAAAGCACCAUCGGUCGGCAGUAGAGAGUCGGCGGCGGCGAUGUCAUCCAACUUCAGCUGGACGUGUCAGUCGUUCGGGGACAUUGCAUCGCUGACAAGCAGUAGCGGUGGUGGCGGCAGAAGACCGGUGCUGAGCUCCGAGAGCACGGUACACGACAGCACGGCAUCGCUGGGCCUGUCCGAGCCGCCGCCGGUGCAGCAUGCCACACACGGUGUCAAUGACUUGCCCCACCACCAUCAUCAGCAUCGUGGUGUUGGCGGCAGCGUGGGAGCACUCACCGGCAGCAUCAUCCCCUCUGCAUACUCCCUGACGCCGUCUUCCGGCGGAGGCAACAGCAUGCCAAACUUGAGGAAGUCGCCAAGCAUCCAGUCAGCGCUUGUGGUGUCGUCAGAGAAGAAGCACUUCCUCGGCAACAUCCGUCGCACGUUCAAUUUCUCCGAGUUGAGCUCCAGCUCAUUGCCAAAGGAGUCAUCGCACGGUGGUGGCCUGGGAGUCAGCAGUGACCGGCUGGACACAGCGGCAGAAGAGGCUAUCUACGAGCGUGUGCCGCAGAACAUGCGCAGACACACUCUCACCGCCGCCCUGCCCAAGCACCUGAGGAACAAGGCCAGGUCGCGACGCGGCAUGGAGCCGUCUUCGUCCUUCCACAAGAACUCCAGCAGCCGCGACGACACCGCCACAGGCAAAACGGCUGUGGAACGCAGCACCAGCAUGGGCCGUAUCUCCGUCGCGAGAUUCAGCGAAGCGAUGCGAUCUCGCAGCGAGAACAAUCUCCUGGACGACAGCAACGACGAACCGUGCGACGCGGAACGGCAGAGAAGGCAGAGCCGUUCGCAGCAGCACUUGCAGAAAACGCUCAGCGCCAACGAGCGGGUUUACGAGGACUGCCGAACGGUUCUCAGCAGCGCCAGCAGUAUCACCGGUGGUGGUGGUGGUGGUGGUGGUGGGGCCGAGUUUUCCAGUCUACUGUCACGUUCGUUGAGCAAGAGAACGCGUCCUGAAGGCAGUACGCCAGUCACAGCCAAACCCAGCAUACGGACAUUAUCGCCCCCGCCACUGCCACCUGCAUUUUCGGACGACGCUGCCCACAGCCCACCCGACAGCAACUACGAAUGGCCAAUCAACUUCUGCCUGCCAGCACUGACGGAUUCGGCCGUAGAGCUAGCGGCUCCAGUCAGCAAGCAGGACUCGGUUGGCCACGCGCGGCCAGUUGCCACGGAAACGAUACAAGAGCGACGACGCUCCGUGGGUAGCUGCAUGACGUCGCCGGGUGGGUUUGAGAGUUUGGUGAUCGACUCCUGUUCGUCGGUGGGGCGUAACUCCAUCCCGGACAUUGCAGAGUCUCCCAAGCAAGAGCGUCAGAACAGCAGCCCGUGCUCUUCACCCGUCCUUGUACAACGCAGUCUUCCGGCCAAUUACGUAGACUCACGCUCACUGGCCUUUCUUACGCCCGCGUUCGUUGACGAGGCGUACUCACCGCCUUGCCCCGGCUUAAUCACCUGGCAGAAAAUGCAGCAGACGGGUGGGAUGCCCCAGGCAAGUGGACCGACAUCACCGCAGGCAUCACCGCCUGCAGCAACCAUUCGGAGCCCCAUUACCUCACGUCAGUCUUCACCGAUAGGGGCGCCCACACAAACCUCAACCCUGCAGAAGGAAAACUCUUCCGGUCGGAAGCGACUGAUGUCCGACGAGGACCAUCAGUGCAACAACACGCUGACAGAUAGCUCCGGCUACGAGGCACCUCACGCACUACUCCUGGGGAAAAAGGACAUGAAGAAAUCGUCCUCAAGCGUUCCCUACGCUGCCAGCAUUCUGUCGUCAACGCUCGCUUCUCCUCUGCCGGAUGUGUCCGUCUCGUCAUCCAGUGAGCUCAUAGAGCUGCUGCACAGUAAGUUUAAACUGUACGACUUGCCGUCCGGGGCGUGUAUCUCCUCCGCCCCACCUACUCCCGUAGCAACGACAACAUCAGCAGCAGGAGCAGGGGCUGGCAGUCAGUGCCUGGAUGUCAACGAACCACCGUACGACAACGAGAGCAUCUACUCCACGCCGUCCAUGCCGUCGACGCCGAGAAGCAGUGGCACGGCGGGCGGUGGCGGCUACAAGAAGCGUGCCACCAUCGCGCACACCGUGUCCGCAAUGCCCUCGUUUCACGGGCGCACUCGCAGGUCGUACCCGAACGAGGGCGGCGCGGCACACAGCUUCUCCGAGUUUGGCAGCGGCGUCACGGCGGAGCUACACAAGCAACAUCAGCUGAUACUGUCACCGAAGGCCAAUGGUGCCGACGAUGACCUGGUCUUCGGUAUUUCUCCCUCACCUGGCGGCACAGCCAAUGCAGGGCAGAGCAGACGGUCGUCGAUGGGUCACUUUCCCCUGCUGGCGUUCCCGCCUAGCAAGGGCACAGUGACCGACGCUGCCAAUGCUCUCUACGACGUCAUCGGUGUCAAAGCCGGUGGUGGCGGCAACGACGGCGGAGGCCAUGCUGCCGACAAUCAAAAUGUGCCACGCGGCGGUGGUGGUGGUGGUGGUAAUGGCGGCCGAGGGGUGGAUGUCUAUGCCAGGGUGCCGGACUUGAGCAGUCAGCAACAACUGACCGGCACGCAGUCUAUCGGCAGCAACAGCUUUCCAGAUCUGCGCUUCAACUCGCACUUGAUCACCGGCGGCAUAGUCAACGCAAGCUACGAGUUUUACCAGGAACAUGAUGAGGAUGACUUAUACGACGAAGACGAGUUUGACGAAUAUCUCUAUAACAAUGCCGCUGAGGAGAUCCAGAAUGGUGAGCAGGACAACGCUAGUCUGGGAAGCCUGGAGAAUCCGGGCAUGCUGCCCUCCGAUCCGGUCUACGCUUCGUCCGACACUCACCAAUCCUCGGCGGUGUCGCUGACGGGACAGCGUUCGGUACCGCUGGAUUACUGCUUUGCUGAUUGCAACCUGAGUGGAAUGCACGUGGCGGGCAUCACCCCGUCGACCAGCGCACAGUCAGUGGCGUUCUAUUCCGUGCUAGAGAAGACCUCCGAUACAACCACCAGCGUGCAGACGAUGGAUGCCGGCAGCUUCCCGGGAGUGCGACGCGAUCAGCAGCAGGCGUGGGAUGCCAGUAGCUUCCCGGGAGUUCAGCGCGACCGGCAGCAGGCGUGGGAUGCCAACAGCUUCCCGGGAGUGUACCGCGAUCAGCAGCAGGCGUGGGACGCCAGCAGCUUCCCGAGGGUGCAACGCGACCAGCCGGCACACCCACUGCCGUUCGAGGAUAUGGACGGGGGUAUGAACUCACUGCUGGAGAAGUAUUCGUCAACGGACGACCUGAGUACGAUGCUCCACCACCCUGACUCCUACGGCAGCAACGUCCGUCCGCUGCGCAGCGCCGACUUGUAUGCAAGUGUGGGUAGCACACGGUAGUAAUACUGCAAUUCGAGUGCCUCGACGCGCCACCCCGAUGCCCUAGAAAACCCUAACACAUAGUAAUACUGCACUCGCGGUGCCUCGAUCCGCAACCCCGGUGCCCUAGAAAACUUAACUCGAAGUAAUGCUACUCUUCUAAUUGUGGGUGCGUUGGUUCGCACCCUGGCCCGCAACGGUGCCCCCGGAGAACUUCUAUAUGUUUUGAUACUUGAUGCACACUAGCCUUUGGUGGGUGAAAACCAGAAUACGCUCCAUGGAGAACUGAAACCUUCCUGAGUGUGCUAGCUGUGCAUGACGAUAUGCCUGGCACACACACACUAGUAAUGAAAUAAUUUCUACCGCCACUGGAGAUCUGACUGCAUAGACACCCCUAACAACUGUAAUCUGAGUGCGUAGACGGAAGCAACGAGAGUAAGAACUAUUCCGCUUCGCCCGUUGGACUGGUGUGGAGCACAAGCACUGGCAUGACGGCAAAACAGCCGGCCCCCAGCCUCGCUUCCCUUCGCAUGCUCGGGCACUGCGACGGUGGCAUUUCGGUAUGACAGUGAGCGACGGUCAGGGCUUCGCCAACGGCGCGCCCUGAGCUCAGCGGACACCAGUGUGCUGUUGUGUCCUCACGUGUGUAGCAAUACACCACCAUGACCAUGCCCUGCACACAAACAAACACACACGCACAGAAACACACGCACACACACACACAAGCACGGACAGAUGUGUAUGGUCAUAACUUGUGCGUCAUUAGCGUCUGAACUUAGGUUUUUUAUUCUGUAAACAUGCUCUUUGCGAGGAUGCUAUCCACUCGAUUCCAAAUUCCAACGUUUUCAGAUUUCACAUCAUCUUACGGCUGGACUAGAAACCAUCGACUGGGCUUUUUGAACCGCUUCCAUCCUCUUGAUAUUCUCGACAUUAUUUUCAUUACAUCGGAUCUUCUGCCCCGCCACCAUGCACCCCAGCCCCGGAAGAUCGAUUCAUAGAUCGGUCUUUGCACGCCUGCUCCCCCCCCCCCCUCCUCUCCCAUGCAUCAGGAUGGUGUACCCUACGAUAUACCUUGCCGAAGCACCCUGCCCCUGCGUGCACUCGCCCUGCAGUGUAUGUGACAGCGGAAGUGCUUGGGUGAUGUGCAGCUAGUUGCCUUCCUCGCACACUCCCACCUUCUCCAUCCCGAACACCAUCUGAAAUUUACCCACACCCGUUCUGAACAUCAUUCUGAAACAUACCCACCCGCAGCCUGUUACACCCUCCAUUCUGAAAGAUACCCACCCACCCCCAUUCUGAACACCAUUCUGAAAGAUACCCACCCACCCCCAUUCUGAACACCAUUCUGAAA